AUGCCAAACCAACAGGUUGUACAUCUGGGAGGUUCAGUGGUUUUGCCCUGUUACUGUAAUAAAAUCUUACCAUCAGAAGAUCUAAAGGUGGAAUGGAGAAGAACAGAGUCAGAGACUCUGGUUCAUCUUUAUCAAGAUAGUGAGAGUCCAGCAGAGAAUCAGGAUUAUCAUGAUAGAGCUAAUUUCCUAACUGAUCAGAUUCAACAUGGAAACUUCUCCCUCUGUUUGGACAAUCUGAGAGCUGAAGAUAAGGGAAAUUAUACAUGUAAAGUUUACAGUCAACAAGAUUGUGUGUUUUCAACUAAAACAAAUUUGGAAGUGGGACUACUUGAUUCAUUUUUCCAUCUUCAGAUGUCUCUAGUCAUCUGUCCAAAUAUGAUCAUGUUCUUUGCUUUUGUCAUGUGGGGUGUUUCUGAAGGAUCUGUGAAUGAGUCGGUUUGUUGUUGUGCUCUUUAUUUUCUGAGGCCUCUCUUGUUGCUCUGGGCGGCUCCAUAUAUUAGUAACUUUACAGGUGACAUUAAAACAUUGAUUCUGAAAUACAGUUAUGUGGCAGAAUAUGUUGUUCUCUCAGUUGUUUAUUCAGCCCUUUUUACAAGUGCUUUGGAAAAACUUAUGAAUUAUGCUGAGUUUGACAGAUUUGUGAUAAUAGUGCUGUUUGUAAUAAUGUUUCUGAGCUGCCUCUGCAAAAUCAUUUACCUUUUAGUUACACAGAUUAGAAAGAAAAGUGGACGGAUAAUUAAUGUUUUUGAUAUUGUGGCUGAUAUGACUUUUGAAAUUCUGCCAACUUUGCAAUUCAUCCUCCUGUUCUUCACGUUUGGAUCUGUCAGAGGAGCACUCAUCAUUGUUACCAUUUUACCAGUGUUACUGAUGAUGACAAAUGACACAUGGUUUUUUAGAUGCUAUGAUAGACUCGAAUGUUCAGAUUUAGUAAUAAGAACAGUGAUGUUAAUCUUCAUAUUAGUGAUUAAUGCAGUGAUGAUCGGACUUUACAUGACGACACUGGGAAAUAAAACAGAUGCUAUUGGAUGGGCCUGUGUGUUGCUGUUUCUGCAGAUACUCUGGGCCAUUAUGAAGUUUACUUCAUAUUUUCUUGAUUUUGAUGAUGUUUUUUGCCGUGUUGUUCCUGUGUACGUGUUUGGAUCAGUUGGUGUUGUUUUACUGAACUCUGUUACACUGAUGACUGAACUGAUAAUGAACACAGUAAAUAGUGAUCGCACAGUUGAAGAUCUGAGAUUCACUGUCUUUCCUUCUGAAUGUUUAUUUGCCGUAUCUGUGCUGAUUUCUGGAUUAUUUCCAUCUGGUGAGUAUAAAGCACUAUUAUUUAUAUUACAAACUAUUAGAUUAUAUUAA